CCCGCCUGCCCCGGGACUGGCGGGGCGGGGAGCGAGUGCCCAAGUCGCCCCGGGGUGGCUGUUCCCGUUAACCUUAGCCACAAAGUCAAAGACGGCUGGGCAAGGAGCUGCCGUGCUGAUGCUGAGGGGCCCCGGGCAUGGAGAGUGGCCUGGCUGGUGGCAGCCCAGGGGAUGGGCUGGUGAUGAAGAUCAAGCAAGAGAAGUCCGAGUGGCUCCCGCAGGCGCUAGUGCCACAGGCUGCGCUUUCCCAGAAGGAUAAGGAGAACAUUUUCCAGCAGCAUCGGGGCCUCCCGCCCUGCCAGACCACGGGGAAGCCUCGAGCCCUGGGGGGACAGGAGGAGACUGGGGGUCCAAGGUGGGCCCCUCCCACGGAGCAGGAUGAGGGCCCGGCAGGUCGGGCUCCUGGGGCGGCCCCCGGCCCCCUGAGCCCCACCUUUUCUGCCGGCGAGGGUCACUUCGUGUGCCUGGACUGCGGGAAGAGGUUCAGCUGGUGGUCGUCCCUGAAGAUCCACCAGCGCACGCACACGGGCGAGAAGCCAUACCUGUGCGGCAAGUGCGGCAAGAGCUUCAGCCAGAAGCCCAACCUGGCGCGCCACCAGCGGCACCACACAGGCGAGCGGCCCUUCUGCUGCCCCGAGUGCGCCAGACGCUUCAGCCAGAAGCAGCACCUGCUCAAGCACCAGAAGAUCCAUUCUCGGCCCACCGCCCACCCGUGCCCCGAGUGCGAGCGCUGCUUCCGCCACCAGGUGGGCCUCCGCAUCCACCAGCGAGCGCACGCCCGGGACCGUCAGGGCGCUCGCUCCGGGCUGCAGGCGCUGCUCCGGGACGCCGCGUCCCGCCGGGGCUGUCGCCUGCGGCCGGGGCCCCAGCGGGGGCGCCCCGAGUGGGCCUGGCUGGGGCUCUGCCAGGGCUGGUGGCGCCAGCCGGGGCCCCGGACCUCCGCCCCCUCGGAGCCGCGCCAGUUCAUCUGCAACGAGUGCGGCAAGAGCUUCACGUGGUGGUCGUCGCUGAACAUCCACCAGCGCAUCCACACGGGCGAGCGGCCCUACCCGUGCCCCGAGUGCGGGCGCCGCUUCAGUCAGAAGCCCAACCUGACGCGCCACCUACGCAACCAUACCGGCGAGCGCCCGCACCCCUGCUCGCACUGCGGCCGCAGCUUCCGCCAGAAGCAGCACCUGCUCAAGCACCAGCGCACGCACCUGCCCGGCGCCCCGGCCGCGCGCCGCCCCGGCUGCGCCCAGAGCUGCCCCGGCCGCGCCGCUCUGCGGGCCCACCCGCGCGCGCACCUCGCCCCCGCCGCCCCCGCGCCGCCGCCGUCCCCCGCACCUCCCGCCCUGGACGCCCCCGGCCUGUCGCCGUCGCCACGCGCCCCCGCGCCGGCCGGGGCGCCCGGGGACAUGCUGUGGGGCCGAGCGCGGGCGGGUGGGCCUGGCGAGCCGCGCCAGUUCAUCUGCAACGAGUGCGGCAAGAGCUUCUCGUGGUGGUCGGCGCUCACCAUCCACCAGCGCAUCCACACGGGCGAGCGGCCCUACCCGUGCCCCGAGUGCGGGCGCCGCUUCAGCCAGAAGCCCAACCUGACUCGCCAUCGGCGCAACCACACGGGCGAAAGGCCCUACUUGUGCGCCGCCUGCGGUCGCGGCUUCAGCCAGAAGCAGCACCUGCUCAAGCACCAGCGCGUUCAUCGGGGGUCCCUGGCGCCCACCCCCAGCGCCAAGGGCGAGGCGCUUUAGGGCGCCUGGACCCAAGCCGACCUGUGGGGGGGCGGGGAAAGGAACGCUUGCCGGGUGCGUGUGGGUAAUGGCAGGAAGGGUGGCUUUUAGGACCCCAAGGGUGAGCCCUUAUCAAAUGGUUUCUUCAAGGCUCUGAGACCUGAGAACAGAAUUCCAGAAGCCUCCCCAAAGGGGGACCAGGCAAAGUCCCAGGAAAGGCAGAGGGAAGAAAUAAGACCGGACAUCUUCACCCUGGAGCCUGGAUGUGUCCGUGAUGGUUGAGGCUUGUCCUUCCUCAGAGGUGGGACCCCAACCCUCAGACACUGAGGGACGGGGCGCCCUGGGAGAGGCUCCCUGAAACGGCCCUGAUCUGGACUGGGCAGCUGUGGCACCGGCCUGUCGCGCUCAGCUGCGGAAUGGCCCAGGGACUGUCCUGGUGGGGGAGUCUCAACAGCCUGAUGGCAAGAUGGGAACUGGAAGCUGUGGCUGGGAAGGGCAAGCACAUCCCCAGCACCAAGGCCAGCGUCCAGCACUUGAUGGCCCCUCAAUACAUGUUUUUGGAAGGA